AUGAAUCCACUUAUUUCUGCUGCUUCCGUUAUUGCUGCUGGAUUGGCUGUAGGGCUUGCUUCUAUUGGACCUGGGAUUGGUCAAGGGACUGCUGCGGGACAGGCUGUAGAGGGUAUCGCGAGACAGCCCGAGGCAGAGGGAAAAAUACGGG